CGCGACAGGUGCGCGCGGGACCCGCCUCCGGCCGGCGCCGCAGGUAUUCGUGGUGAUAAGAUGGAGCCCUCCCCAUUUAACAGAAGACAAUGGAUUUCACAGUCUCUGAGAAUCACUGCCAAAGAGCUUUCUCUAGUCAACAAGAAUAAGUCAUCAGCUCUUGUGGAGAGGUUCUCCAAGUAUCAGAAGGCAGCUGAAGAAGCCACCGCUGAGAAAAAAAGAAAUAGCGCAGAAAAUCUUCCCCCUCACUUUCGAAGGGGGACUCUGAGCGUGCUGAAGAAGAAGUGGGAGAGCCCGGGGCCGGGCGCCGAGGCCGGCAAGGAGGCGCAGCGGAGCGCCGGGGCCGGCGCCGAGGCCGGGAGCAGCUCGGCUCCUUCGCCGGGCGCGGAGCGAAACGCGGCGGCAGCGCCGGCCUCCGAGCCGCAGGGCCCCGGCGCUGAGCGCGGAAAGUUUGAAAGCCGCUCGCUGGAGGGUGGUAACAUGGAAAACUGCAUGAGAGAAACCAGGCAAGAAGUGGAAAAGACUGGAGCCAGUGAAAACGCGGACGCUGCCGCGAGGAUCGAGAAGUACAGCGUUCCGCUGAGCAAACUGAAGAUGAUGUUCGAAAAGGGCGAAGCAGCUCCGGCCAAGGUCCCUAGGGAGCAGAGGAAGACAGCAGCAAGUGGUAGGAGGAUUUCUGAAAACAGCUACUCUUCAGAGGACUUUGAUGUUGGCCAAGGAGAGAAGAGCCACAGUACCUCAGGGCAUCUAUUAGACAGUAGUCCAGUACUCGGCUCAGAUAAGGCAGAGAGCAAGAAAAGCCUGGACAUGCCUCGCUUGACAGAAACGUCAAUAAAGGAUAGGCUGGCCAAGUAUCAGGCAGCUGUGUCCAAGCAGGGCACUGCCACCAACCUUCUGAAUGAGAUUCAAGCCAGUGAAAGUGAACUCAAGAAUUACAGAUCUGAGCAGAAGGAGAAUAUGCCACCAAGUCUUGAGGACUUCAUUUCCUGUCAGGAUGGGGAGAAGGCUCCUGUAGGUGAAAACAGCCUGCAUUCCCAUUCGGGUCUUUCUGAGGAUGGCAAUAUUGGGCUCAAGAUAGCAAGCGAGACGGAAGUUCAGAAACCUGUCAACACAAAACAGCAAAACUCUGGUUCCAAACUGCUUGGCCAGACGGAGACAUCUCCGCCAAAAGCAAUGAAGAAGUUUCAGUUGCCAGCGAAGGAAAUCUGUGUUGGUUGUCAGAAGACGGUGUACCCAAUGGAGAGGCUCUUUGCCAACCAGCAGGUGUUUCACAUCAGCUGUUUCCGCUGUUCCUAUUGCAACAGUAAACUCAGUCUUGGGACUUAUGCAUCUCUGCGUGGGAACAUUUACUGCAAGCCUCAUUUCAAUCAGCUCUUCAAAGCUAAAGGUAACUAUGAUGAAGGUUUUGGACACAAACAGCAUAAGGAAUUAUGGGCAAGCAAAACAGAGUGUGAGGAAUCCCUGGAGAAAACUGUUCAUGUACAGGCAGCAGAAAGUCCUCAAAGUCCUGGAGUAGAGGAUGCCCCAAUUGCAAAAGUAGGAGUUCUGGCUGCAAGCAUGGAAGCAAAAGCUUCAGCUUUGCCUGAAAGAGAAGAGAGACCAGCAGAAACGAAAAAGCUCAGGAUUGCCUGGCCGCCUCCAUCUGACCAAAGUAUUCAAGGAAGUGCCUUAGAUGAAGGCAUCAAAGUAUUCAAACCCAAAUGGCCCCCAGAAGAAGAGCUUUCUAAGCCAGAUGUGCAGGAGGAUGUGGAUCUGGAUCUCAAAAAGUUAAGAAGAUCUUCCUCACUGAAGGAGAGAAGUCGUCCCUUCACAGUGGCAGCCUCAUUUAGAACAAUGUCUGUUAAAGGCCAUAAAACAGAGAAUUUAUCUUCUCCUUCUAAGACAGAGAGAGACAUCUUGAAAAGAAGUGAGGACCUGGAAAGAGAGGUCAUGACAGACACAAAGCAAAAAGAUAAGAAGGUUGAGAGUAGGAACAUCCAGAAUGCUGAAAAGAAAAAUGCAGAAGAGGAGCAGGAAUUGUCUGAUAGCAAAGUAGAAGAGCAUAACUUGGUAGAAAAUGGCCAGGCGAGCACAGAGACGGAUGAGGAAGAACAGGCUGUAGAAGAUCAGCAAACUCAAAGUGAAGAAUUUCUUGAGCCAAAUUCUCCUAAACAUUCCAGCUUAGCCAACAAGAUUGCUAACGAAUCAUCUCCUCACCAGAAUCGUAAAUCCCAAGAUGUUGGUUUCUGGGAGGGUGAAGAUAUAGAAGAUCUGUCUGUGGAAGAACAGAUCAAACGGAAUCGUUACUAUGAGGAAGAAGAUGAAGACUAAAUUGGCCUUUUACAAGAAAAUUUGCUUCAAGGUGCUGGGCCUUUUAAAAUUGGUAUUUUUAGCUUUAAGAAGCAGCUGUCCUCUGUGAAAGUGAUGCUGUACUGCACAUUGACAUGUAAGGGAAUCAUAUGUGCACAUUAUCUUGAAUACGGAAGUACUGUUGAAGUUUGCAAAGAGCAUAUUUAGAUGCAUGGAAAUGAAUAACUGUUGCUGUGGGAUAGCUUCAACAGGUAUUCUCUAUCCACAGCAUAAGAACAGAAUUGUCUUAUCUUUUUUUUGAGCUUAGUACUUAUUCCACUAACAAUUUACAGAAUUUUACUGUGCUCACAAAGGUGAUGUGAAACAGGCUUUCUGUAAUACACUACUUUUACCACUACAAAUGCUACUGCAGUGUUUAGGGACCAGUUUCAAAGGGACUUUCUGGCCUGCUUUAAAAAUAGUAACUGAAUGCACUUUAAUACAUGUAAAGGGCACAGCUGGGAUAUAUUUUUUGUAAUGAAAACCCUAAUUAUGUUUGUGCUUCGAAUCCAACAAUUAAAGCAUCUUAAACAGAGUGCAACAUGAUUUUCUCUUUUUAAUCUCAAAACUACUUAUGAUCAGUGGAAGACUUUCUACUCUUUACUCUGUGCAACUGGAAUAGUAUGCCCAUUGCUGGAAUAUAUGUAUUUUAGUGCUUAUCCAGAAGCUGUGCUGACUGACAGGGCUCUUUGAAGACAAAUCAACACUUUUGCUGGAGCCUGCAGGGCAUUACUUUUGCAUUUCAUAUGCAUUUAAGUGUUUUUCUUUUUUUCUUCCUAUAUUUUUUUUUAGUAGAUUUCAUCAUUGAUUCAUUUAAAACUGCAGAUAAUUAUAAGGCCUCUUGACAAUUAUGAAAUCCUGUUUGUACCAAGCUGCCAGGAAUCUUUUCAUUACGGCUAUGAAAUUAUGCUGUAUUGCAAAAUAUUUGGGAUAAACCCAUACGAACAGUGAGACUUUCUGAUUCCUAGGAUUGAAGCUUAGUGUAUUUUUAAAUUUGACUACAUUUAUUUUAUGAAUAAUGGAAUAUGAAUGGUGGAAGGAGGAUGUACUUCUAUAUUAGCUUUUAUUUGUACUGUAUUCUCAUGAGAAUUAGCUCUAACUAUAUGAGAUGUAAAAUAUUCUGCUUUCUUAACAAUUCUGCUAAGUAUGAAAUCUUCAAUAAAGUUCUGUCAUUUACA